CUCGACGAGUUGCCCUUUAUUUUUCUAACGUUCGACAAUGCACCGCCUUUCGACGACCUCUUCCCGCUCGCUGCGACGUGCUGCCCAGCGCCAGUUGGCUAAGCAGCAAACGCGGGGUGCGCAUAAGGAGAUUAAGUUCUCUAAUGAGGGCCGGGCGAGCAUUUUGAAGGGUGUUGAUGUUUUGGCAAACGCUGUUUCUGUUACGCUGGGUCCUAAGGGUCGCAAUGUGAUCAUUGAGCAGCAGUUUGGUGGUCCAAAAAUCACCAAGGACGGUGUUACUGUUGCCAAGUCCAUCACGCUGAAGGACAAGUUUGAGAACCUCGGUGCUCGUCUCGUCCAGGAUGUCGCGUCAAAAACGAACGAAGUCGCUGGUGACGGUACCACCACGGCCACCGUCCUCGCCCGUGCCAUCUACUCGGAGGGUGUGAAGAACGUUGCUGCUGGCUGCAACCCCAUGGACCUCCGCCGAGGUUCCCAAGCCGCCGUCGACCGCGUCGUCAACUUCCUUUCCCAACACGCCAAGACUGUCACCACCACCGCUGAAAUCGCCCAAGUCGCCACCAUUUCUGCCAACGGCGAUACCCACGUUGGUAACCUCAUCGCCCAGGCCAUGGAGAAGGUUGGCAAGGAGGGUGUCAUCACUGUGAAGGAGGGCAAGACCAUCGAGGAUGAGAUUGAGAUUACCGAGGGCAUGCGCUUCGACCGUGGUUUCAUCUCGCCCUACUUCAUCACCGACGUCAAGACCCAAAAGGUCGAGUUCGAGAAGCCCCUCGUCCUCUUGUCCGAGAAGAAGAUUUCCCUCCUCCAGGACAUCCUUCCUUCCCUCGAGGCCGCCGCCCAGCAGCGUCGACCUCUCAUCAUCAUUGCCGAGGAUAUCGAUGGCGAAGCUCUCGCUGCCUGCAUUCUCAACAAGCUCCGUGGCCAGCUCAAGGUCUGCGCCGUCAAGGCUCCCGGAUUCGGCGACAACCGCAAGUCCAUCCUCGGCGACAUUGCCAUCCUCACUGGUGGUACCGUCUUCACUGACGAGCUCGAGGUCAAGCUCGAGCAGGCCACCGUCGACAUGCUCGGCUCUACCGGCUCCAUCACCGUCACCAAGGACGACACCAUCAUCCUCAACGGUGAGGGCUCCAAGGACGCCAUCCAGGCCCGCUGCGAGCAGAUCCGCUCACUCAUCAACGACCCCACCACCUCUGACUACGACCGCACCAAGCUCCAGGAGCGUCUCGCUAAGCUCUCCGGUGGUGUCGCUGUCAUCAAGGUCGGCGGUGCCUCCGAGGUCGAGGUCGGUGAGAAGAAGGAUCGCUACGACGAUGCUUUGAACGCCACCCGUGCUGCCGUCGAGGAGGGUAUCCUCCCCGGUGGUGGUACCGCCCUCCUCAAGGCUUCCCUUCAACUUGCCACCACCUCCCCUUCCGCCAACUCUUCUUCCUCCCCCACCUCCCCCUCCGCCGAGCCUAUCCCCACCGCCAACUUUGACCAAGAACUCGGUGUCGCCAUCAUCCGCCGCGCCAUCACCCACCCCGCGCGCACCAUCCUCAAGAACGCUGGAGAGGAGUCGUCUGUCAUUGUCGGCACCCUUCUCGAGAAGUACGGUGGUGAAGACCAGUUCAACUAUGGCUACGAUAGUGCCAAGGGUGGCUAUGUGGACAUGGUUGAGCAGGGCAUUGUUGAUCCUUUCAAGGUUGUGAGGACUGCGCUUGUUGAUGCUAGUGGUGUUGCUAGUUUGUUGACGACGAGUGAGGCGUGUAUUGUUGAUGCGCCUGAGGAGGAGCCGAAGGGCAUGCCUGGUAUGGGAGGGAUGGGUGGCAUGGGCGGUAUGGGUGGUAUGGGAGGGUUCUAAGUGCCUAGUCAGGGUGCUUAGACGUGCCUUUCCGUUCACUUUUUAUCCCCCUGCUAUUGCAUAACCACCACCACCUAUUCGACUAGUAUACUAAUUCUAAUCCCACUGUUAUAUUCGUUAGAUUUAGCAUUUUUUUACGUACGCAUAGUAAACACCCCACUCAUCCAACGCAUUGCAUUUUUGUCUUUUUUACGGUUUCUAAUGGGAGUUUGCACGAGUUGUAGGAAA